AUGACCCCCUUUUACUUCAUUCGUCCAGAAAUGCGAGAAAAGCAAAGUGUUCUUCAUAAAUCCAACGUGACACGGAUAUCAUUUGGGGGGGCGAAUUACGAACAGGCACACUUCACAGUGGCACUGUCGGGAAAGACUGGACUGUGGUGGAUUGGCCUGCGUGCUCAUGGAGGGGCAGGUGGAGGGGUGGACUACAUCUGGGACAACGGGUCACCGCUCACCUUCACUCACUGGGACAGAGACCAGCCAGAUAAUGGGGAUGGCACUUGUGUGGCCAUGACAACGGGACAGAUUGGUGGUUUCUGGGAUGACAAACCAUGCUUAGAAAAACACGCCUUCGUCUGUGAGAAACCAAGGCCUGAUAUCACCCCACCCACCAAGCCGCCCACUCCUUCUCCUGUACCGGGAUGCACUGAGGGCUGGAUAGCUAAGCCUCACUUCAGACACUGUUACAAGCUCUUCCACAAUGUGGACUGGUCUCUGAAGAAGAGCUGGGGAGCAGCACGUGAGGACUGUAUCGCCAGAGGAGCUGAUCUGAUCAGCAUCCACACUCAGCAGGAGGAAGAGUUCGUGUCUCUCUACAGCAAAGCCAGCAGCAAGUGGAUCGGCCUCAAGCACAACCCUACAGAAGGAGGCUAUUCUUGGAGCGAUGGCACACCUCUCUCCCACACCAACUGGGGCUCUGGGGAGCCCAACAACCACGAGGGUCGUGAGGAGUGUGUAGAGAUGGUGAGCAGCACCAACGGGACCAUCUCCUGGUGGAACGAUCUCAACUGUGAUGCUCACCAGGACUGGAUAUGUAUGAUUGCUAAAGGAAAGACCCCCAUCCUGCCCCCUGUACCCCCAACUCCUCAGCCAGCUACUGACUGUGGUACCAACCCUGGCUGGAGGAAGAACAACAACAUCUGCUACUACUACAACGACACCGACAUUGUAGACUUCCACACGGCUAUGGAGCGCUGCUUUCAUGAGAAGGCCUUACUCGUCUCCAUCCUCAACAAAAAUGAACAGGCAUUCGUCAACAGCAUGGUGGGGACGGGAAAGGUUGCUGCAGCUUGGAUUGGAUUGAGGAUGUUUGGCAUUACAGGUGGACAAUACAUGUGGGUGGACUUCUCCCCCCUCACAUACACUCACUGGGGGCCAGGUGAGCCCAACAACGCCAACGGAGAGGAACAGUGUGUUCAGAUGAACAGACAUCAAGGUGGAUGGAACGAUGCCAACUGUGGUCGGGUUGGAGGCUACGUCUGCAAGAAGAACCCCGGAGACAUCCACACUCCUCCUCCACCCACACAGCCUUGGAAGGGGAAUUGCCCAGCAGGUUGGAUGCUUUUUAGGAAUAAAUGCUUCAUGUUCAAAGGGAAGAAAAAUGACAUUAAAGGCAAUUGGACUUUUGCUCGCAAUUGGUGCAAAGACCAAGGAGGAGAGCUGGCAGUUAUUGACGACCAGUAUGAGAAUGACUUUGUUGCUAGUUACCUGAGGGACUUGGAGCUUCCCACGUGGAUCGGCCUGUCAGACCGUUUGGAAGAGAAUCAGUACACCUGGAGUGACGGGGUCAGCUCUGUGAAGUAUACCAACUGGAACACCAAAGAGCCCAACAAUGCAGGAGGAACGGAACACUGUGUAGCGAUGACUCACGGCCCCCUGGUGAGCGGCAAGUGGAACGAUGACGCCUGUCAUAAAAAUCACAGCUUCGUCUGCUACAGGAAGAAAUCGAGCGACAUCCAACCUCCACCCACAACUGAGAGCCCCUGCCCGGAUGGCUACAUCUCCUGGUACCAGAACUGCUACAAGCUGGUUGAGCAGCCGGCGACCUGGGACGCUGCUCGGGCAGCCUGCAAGCAGCAAGGAGGCGACCUGACCAGCAUCGACAUGAGCUACGACCAGGCCUUCGUCGCUGGAGCGGUCCUGCAGGGCAAAUUUGAUGCCUGGAUCGGACUCAGACGCCAGGAUGAUGGCUCCUACACGUGGACAGAUGGCUGGCCAGUUUUCUUCACUCAGUGGGGACCAGGAGAGCCCAGCAACAUUAAAGAUGAGGGCUGCGUGAGCAUGCAAGGCUCACCGUUUUUCCACGGGACCUGGAACGACACCAAGUGUGACGUAGCUAAACCCUACAUCUGCAAGAUCUCCAAAGAGAAACCACCACCGACUCCCGCCGCUGGUGAUGGGAAGUGUCUGCCAUUCUGGGUGCCGUACGGACGCUACUGUUACUACGUGUACAAUGGUAAGGACGGUUACUCUUGGCCGGACUCCCGACACUACUGCCACGCGGCCAGGACAGAGCUGGCGUCCAUCCACAGCAGAGCGGAGGUGGAGUUCAUCAGGAGCCUCAACUACACCAAAUAUCACAACAUCUGGAUCGGCCUCACCAGGGAUCGCAACUUUGGCUGGGGCUGGACUGAUAAGACGUCUGUGGGCUUCCUCAACUGGGCUCCCGGUGAGCCCAACGCAGCAUUUCACCCCGGGGAUGUGGCCGAGGAGAACUGCGUGGAGAUGUACGAGGACGGACGCUGGAAUGACAACAACUGCUUGCAGAAAAGAGGCUUUGUAUGCCGCCACCGGCAGUACUAUACAACAAGUACUGACUUUAGUCCAGUGUUCCCAACUGACAACCCAACUCCAAGUCCAGAUCCAGGUCCAGGGGACAAAACAGACGGAGGGGUGAUUGCCGGCGCCAUUAUAGGAACCAUUUUGGUUUUAUGCCUGAUAGCUGGAUUGCUGUUCUAUAUCGUCAGAGUUCGGGGGUAUAAACUCAGCGACUUCAGCCUGCCGACGAGAACGACCAGCGCAACCACUCACGUUGAUGUGCCGGCUUUCAACAACCCAAACUUCGGAGGAGAAUCAGAUACAUAAACAAUUAUCGCAGUGUUGUACAGUACAUUGAAGUCUUUAUAAACAAAUCAGUGAAAAUGUUAAUUUAGGUCUCUAGAGUGUAACGAGAUUGAUUGUAAAUAUUUUAAUACACUAAUACAAAUAGCUCGUUUUAAACUGUUUUCCUGUGUUGCACUUACGUUUUUGAUGUGCAACUGUUUUUUGUUUUUUUUUUAAAUGUUUUGAGUGAUUUGUACUAAAUGGCCGUAGUAAUGCUGCGUUCACAUGGACUCAGGCAGAUGGGCAAUACCUUGUGGACAAGAAAAACGAUUUGUCAGACAGAAUGUCAGGAAUGUAGAACGACACAUGCAUGACGAUAUGUAGUGAUGGUGAUACCGUAUCUUUCACAAAGAACAGAAUGAAAUAUAUUUUUUGUGAUUUUUUUAGUAAGUUCCACUAAUUGUUCAGAUCACUCAGACGUUGCCUUUGUUAAGGAACUGCGCAACAUUUUGUUUUAAGUUGUGUUAAAAUAUUUUAACUGAGCAGCAUUGCUGCUGUUCUCUCAUCCACUAAAAUGAUCCAAUUUGCCGUCCACCUCAUUCCAUGUAAAUGCAGCAUAAACAUCUGUAAUUCACUGUUAUUUACUUACCAUUGCCAUCAAAUUUUGUAGUUUUUUCAACUACAAUAAAUUAAGAGUAAACAAUA